AUGUCGGAUUGUGUUCGCGGUAGUAUAUGGAGCUACGCGAAUAUAGACGUUUUAAAUAAAUAUGGAUAUAAUGCUUGUGGCCACACGGUAACUCCUAAAAAGGAAAAUACUCAAAUACGAGAAUUCAAAACCUACAUCCAUAAAUUCCCUGGAAAAUCUCUAUACCUAGGUGGCAUUUAUCACAAUGGAACUAAACAAUAUGGGUUUAAAUAUAUCAACUCUUGUCACACAGAUCUUGCAGUUUACUACUGGAGUUAUGAUGAUGCUAAUUUUUGUCCCUUACUCAUUAGGGUAACAAAAACAUGGUGGUCUUGGAAUAGUGACUAUUAUCAUGAAUACUACGCCCAAACGGGUAUAAACACAAAUCAAUGGACAAAAGAUGGUAUAGGCGACAAUGUUUAUAGUGGCUUUCAAAAGAUUAUUAAUGAGGAAUGUUUUAAAAGGGUAGUUGUUCUAAAUCUCAGCCAAACCAACAAUGGUUCUCAGUAUGGAGUUGACGGAAAACCUAACUCAGAGGUAAACCCAACUGUUAAGAUACAAGUUUCAGGACCAACAAAUGUACAUACAGAUUACAGAAAAUACAUUCACCGUCUCAGCAGCGGGUCCAUGAACAUUUUAUGCACAAAACAUGAAGGAAAACAUAGACCAUUCCAAAAAUUUGUGCUUAGUACUCCUUAUAAUGAGGCUUAUAUAUAUUAUUCCAGUAAGGAUACUCAGCAUUCCAAGCCUCUAAUUCUUCAGCUUGGCGCCGGAAAUGACUUCUACAAACUAGAUGGUGGUGAAAAGUGGGUUCAUGAUAAUAGUAUAAAGUCUGGUGAACUGAAAACUGCACUGGACAAAGAGAAUGCUACUCAUGUCAUAGAUAUUUCCCAAACUAAUGGACAAUACUCAUGUAGUUCUCCUAGCUGUGGGAAGAAUAUUGAGGUAGAUACUCAAGAGGGUAAUCACAAAUACACUAAACGCGGACAUUAUCUUCAGGGAAGCGGACAAUUUUCUGUCUCCUCCUUUAUUGGGAGUAGUGGCAACAAACUUCAAACAGGUCUUUCCUCCAUAAGUAAUGUAACUGAGGUAAAUGUCUUUUGGUAUCCUAAUGAUGGAAGCUCUAAGCCGCUGCUCAUUAACUAUCAAUUGUCUAAUGAGCACAAGUGGUACAAAAAAACAAAAGUAGCUAAUACUUGGAAGGAAGUAUCUGAGAAGGAUCUCGGUAAACCUACUAGUCCUUCGGAUCAGGCGAAGAUUAAGAAACUCCUUAUAGGGGCAUCAUCUCCAGAAGUUACCAUUAAGAUCGAACAGGUACCUGGAAGUAGUUAUAUUUCUGAUGAUCAAACUGUUAAGAUCGACAGGACAGGUGCUGCUAGUGCAAAUGGAUACUCACAGAUUAGCCAUAAAAUUAUUGGAAAAACCUUUAUAAUUAAGGGUAUAACUCAUGGAAAUAAAUCUCAGACUGUACAGGGUAGUACUACCGCUUUCUCUAAGGACCCUCUAACCGAAGUAUCUGUAUUCUACUCCGAUUUAGAUUCUAAAGUCUCCAAGCCACUCCUCUUAGAGCUGAAGUUGCAAGAUGUAGCAGACUAUACCUACUAUGAGAAGAGAGAAAAAGCAAAUGAAUGGCAAUUAUUUGACACGGAACGAAGAAAUCAAUGUACUGGAGGUCCUCUAAAGAAGAAACUAGACGCUUUAUAUGCCAUCCACUUUCCAUCAAACCUUCCUAUUAUAUUAUGGAGUACUUUCGGAACUGGACUUAGCGGAACAGCCGUAGGCCUCGCUAUGUGGAAAGGACCUGCUCUACUUGCACGACUAAUUGCUCGUCUGUAA